AUGGCCAUGGCCAUCGGCGGACCAGGACCGAGGCCGAGUCCCGAGGGACCUCCCGCCUCCGUCGAGGUCCGCUGAUGCUCCUCUCUGGGACACCUGCAGCUUCUGCACACCUUCCUGAAAUCAGAAUCGAAAACUCUAGGUUGGAGUGAUUCAAGCUAGCGAUAACGAGGUCAUUGGGCUUUCUUAUAUUCUGUCAAAGUUUUAGUUAUAAUUUUAUAACUGUUCCAACUUUGUGAAAUGUAUAUAGUUCAUGUAAUUAUAUUACUUUAAUACCGUGCAGUUCUAUUUGAGGUUCAUUCAAUUUUACAGAUUUCUUGAUUUUGUUGCAGAGAAUUUUACUUGAGUAAAACAUUGAAACAUAGAACAAUUUUAAAGUAUUUAAAGAUUUCCAAUUAUGAGAAUAUAUGAAUAUAUCAAUGUGUAUCAUGCGAAAGCUAAACCAUGAUUCUAUAUGUUUAAACGGGGAAAAUAUACUCUUCUAGAUGACGUUUGCUAUGAAAGCAAAAUCAUAGACUUGAAAGGUAAGGGUUUAUCACAUUUGUUUGUUCUUAGAACAAAUGACUUUAAAUGCAACAGAUUUGAUUUGUAACUUCUAAUGUUGUUAAUAUAUUACAAUUUCUCUGUAGUGGAACGAAAAACUCAUGGUAACACCACACGGACUGCAUAUAAACGCAGCUGCGUUCCAAGAAUAUAUACUUUUUUUUUUUGCAGGAAGCGAUAAAUUCGCUUCCCAUCAAUUCAAAGAAAAGGAAGGACUUCGAUCGCCGUGCAAACCCAUCAAUUUCGAUUAAAAAGAAGGUACAUAUAAUCAAAAAGAAAAGUAGUGUACUCUUUAAUUUCAAAUGAAAAAGGAAGGAAACUGAAUAUUCUUAAAAAUAAACGCAAACAAACCCUUUAAUUUUCAUUGCAAAAGAAACGAAGAAAAAUGCAAAUAAGAACGAAAUUAACAAGUUUUCAGAAAUAAUGUAAGACUGUCACCUAAAUAAUUAAUUUCAAUUAAUAUUUCUAGUUCCAAUUCAAUAUCAAUUAA